AUGAUGGUGGCACAAGCGCUGCUUUUAUUAAGACAUGGCAGAAAUUGGCGUUGGAACCUCCGUGGCGUCCCCUUCCAGGGCCAAACCCCUACCCUGGCCCUAGAACACUACGAAAUUCUCCGCCUUUUCGAGGAUCAACCCAUGGCACCUUUAGCCGGAUCUUGGUUUACGCCCAGUGAAGCGCUGGGGUUGUUAAAAAAAGCCAUCACCUCAUCGACGUCGUCGCUAACCGCCGGUCUGGCUGUUGUCGUUUGCGUUGAUGGGGCCCAUUCCGUUAAUAAGGUCUACAACCGUCACCUCGAAUUCCUGCUUUCAAUGCCAAACUCGCUAGGGAUUGGAGGCGGAAAACCCAACCAUUCCACCUACUUCAUCGGGCAUUAUCAUGGCCAACUAAUUUAUCUGGACCCGCACGUCAGCCACCAGUACGUGCCGCUGGAAAAAGAGCUCGACGACGGCUCGCCGAAACAGAAGCGGAAACACAAGCCCUUCUCCUCGUUCCAUUGCCGACUACUCUCCAAAAUGCCAAUCUCAUCCAUCGAUCCCUCGUGCGCCGUCGGCUUUCUGAUGCGCAACAAGGACGAAUUCGAGGAGUCGAUGCGAUAUUUGAAUCUGAACCAAGUGAUCGACGUGGAGCUGGGUUCAAAUCUCGGGUCAAAGCGUACAAAAGAUCCACUAUUCACCGUGAUGCACGAGGAGCCAAAAACGAUGAGUCCUAGGGAGGCCACCGAAUUCGAGCGAAAGCAGGCGGCCGACCACGGAUUUGAACUCUUG